AUGCCGGCCCUCGGGACGCUCUCCGCCGGCGGCGCCGCCGCCGGCGUCGCAGGCCUGCUCCGCCUCCGCCGCGGCCCCGCCCUCGCCUCGCCCCUGCCGGCCGCCGCCCGCGCUGGCGCCGUCCACGACGGCGCCCAGCUCGUCUGGGGCCGCCAGCUCCGCCCGGCCCUUGUCCUCCCCGCCGGCCUGCUCCCGCUCCAGGCCUCCAAGAGGCUCACGCUCCGCCCGCCCGCCGCCUCCGCCGAGCCCGCCGGGGAGGCCAAGUCGCCAGGGUUGCUGGAGAAGUACCCUGCAAUCACCACCGGCUUCUUCUUCUUCAUGUGGUACUUCCUGAACGUCAUAUUCAACAUCCUCAACAAGAAGAUCUACAACUACUUCCCCUACCCAUACUUUGUUUCGGUGAUCCAUCUACUUGUGGGAGUUGUGUACUGCCUCCUCAGCUGGGCCGUUGGUCUCCCGAAGCGUGCGCCUAUCAAUGCAACGCUCCUGAAGCUGCUCUUUCCGGUGGCAUUGUGCCAUGCUCUUGGUCAUGUCACAAGCAACGUGUCCUUUGCUACUGUUGCAGUCUCGUUUGCCCACACUAUUAAAGCUUUGGAGCCCUUCUUCAAUGCAGCUGCUACCCAGUUUGUCCUUGGACAGACAGUUCCCUUGUCUCUGUGGUUGUCUCUUGCCCCUGUUGUGCUUGGUGUUUCAAUGGCAUCCCUCACUGAACUGUCAUUUAGCUGGAAGGGUUUCAUCAAUGCUAUGAUCUCUAACAUCUCGUUCACUUACCGGAGUAUUUAUUCCAAGAAAGCCAUGACUGACAUGGAUAGCACCAACGUGUAUGCUUACAUCUCAAUAAUUGCUCUAGUUGUCUGCAUACCACCUGCACUUAUUAUUGAAGGACCACAGCUAAUGCAGUAUGGAUUAAACGAUGCAAUUGCAAAAGUAGGAAUGACAAAAUUUGUAUCAGAUCUUUUCCUGGUGGGAUUGUUCUACCAUCUCUAUAAUCAGAUUGCUACAAACACUUUGGAACGGGUGGCCCCUCUGACACAUGCUGUUGGCAAUGUGUUGAAAAGGGUUUUCGUCAUUGGUUUCUCGAUCAUCAUUUUUGGCAACAAAAUUACCACACAGACUGGAAUCGGGACUUGCGUUGCAAUAGCUGGUGUUGCCCUCUACUCGUACAUCAAAGCUAAGAUCGAGGAGGAGAAAAGGCGAAGGCCGCCUGAUGAGGUGACUGCUGUGAAUAUGGUCUGA